AAUUAUUAGGUAAUCGCUUAUAUACGUCACGUGUGUAAAGAUAUGAAAAAUGACGACAUUCAAAUGUCAUUGUUCUUUUGGGAUCACUGUGUUAAAAAUAAGUAUCGUUUUUUCUAUUACUUACGUGUUCGAAUGUACGUAUUAACUUAUUAUUAAUCAUCAAGCCAUUAAGAUUAGAAAUAGUUAUUAAAAAAACAAAAUGUACAGUGAUUAUUUAAAAAAAAAAUUUAUUGAACUAACGUCAGUGCUUGAGUGUUCAGUACAAGCUCAGUAACUCUAACAACGUGUUCGUUAAUUUGCAGAAAUGAUAAAAAGUGCUAUAAACAGUACGUUUUUAUGUCUUACAAUAACAUUUUUUUUUUCGUUUCAUGCUGUUGAGUGUCGUAAAAAAUUUCAUAAGUUUGAUCCAGUUUCAUAUUUUUCGUUCUAUAAAUGUGGAGGAAAUUUUGAUUCCGUCAAAAUAAAGACUCUAGCUUUUCGAUGUCUUCAAUGUUAUGAUGGAAAUUACGGUCCAUAUAAAUAUCGAUCUUAUUGCAGUCGUGAUUGCUUUCGGUCUUUCACAUACGAAGAAUGUCUGCAAAAAUUGCAGUUACCUGAAGCAGAUAUGGAAGUUAUCAGAAAAGAUAUUGAGUUUAUAACAACUAAAACGAAUUUCGCAAGCAAUGACAAUUCACUUAAAAAUAAAAAAAAUCAGGUUAAGGUGCCUAACAAUUCCACUAAUAGAACAGGGAAGAACGAUAAACUCUCACUUGUGGAUGAAGACAAAAAGAAAAACAAUCGUGCUAUUAAGUUGCCGCAAUCAACAACAAAAAAACCAACAACAACAACAACAUCAGCAACAACAACAACAACAACAUCAGCAACAACAACAACAACAACAUCAGCAGCAACAACAACAACAACAACAACAACAACAGGAUCUACUCGUAAGAAGAUUAAGCCUGUUUCACCUGCAUUUAUAUCACUAAUUGUAGGAUAACAGUAUAUCCUUCUUACAUUGGAAUAAGAUAGCAUUGAAUUUUGUCUUGUAAAAACAAACAUCAUUAAAAGUAUUUCAAUAUUA